AUGAAGAAAAAUGUUGAGAGGAAUGUUGAGAGGAAUGUUGAGAAAAAUAGAGAAAUAAAUACGAAUAAAAGUCCUUAUGAAGAAUUACCACGUUUUGGAGAAGGGGAUGAAGAAGAAAAUAGUCAAAGUGAAAAUUAUGAAAAUAAAGAAAUAUUAAAUGGAGAUAAAGGGAGAAAAAGUAAGCGUCAUCAUGGGAGAGGUUCUUUAGCUAGACAUACACUAGGCGUUGAUGUUAGUUGGUUAAAGCGCCUGGUAACAAACAAACAUGGAAUUUCAGAAGAAAACAACAACAAACAUGAAAGCAACAAAGAAGAGAAAAACAACAAACAAAACAAUAGACAGGAAAACAACAAACACGAAAACAUCAAACAAAACAAACACGAGGACAACAAACACGAAAACAACAAACAAAACAAACACGAAAACAACAAACACGAAGACAACAAACAUGAGAAAAACAACAAACACGAAGACAACAAACAAAACAACAAACAAGAGAAAAACAUCAAACACGAAAACAACACGCAGGAAAACAUUCUCAACAACAACAACAACAAACAUUUAGAUAAUAUCAGAACACAACAACACCAACAUCAACACAAACAUUCCCCUCCAACAUUAAAUAGAAGCAACAAACAUGAGGAAGGAGAAACAACACGUUUUUCCUCAACAUCCUCGACUUCCUCUACAAAUUCACAAAAACAACAAAAACACAAUCCUAGACUGGAUUCUUUUGAUUUAAUAAAUAAAAAUUUAAAAAAGGGAACGUCAACAAUUUCCUCUUUACGUAAAAUUAAAGCAGCAUUUGCUAGUAGACCAAGUUCAGAAAGACGCCAAAUAAUUACCAAUAAAAACACUAAUUUUAUUUUAAAUAAACAACCACCAAAUACAACAAAUUCUUUAAUUGUUUCUGUUGAUUUGAGUGGGAAUUUGCAACAAAAAUCAUUACAACAUCAAAGAUCACUAAGUCAAUGCUAUUGCCGAUCCAUUCCACCUCCUCUUUCUUCAACCGAUCUUGCAAAAAUAAAAGAAUCUUCAAUUUCUAAUUCAUCACCUCCUUCCUCUGCUCCCCCAAUACUAAAUAAUAAAUUAAAUCAUCGUUUUAUUCAAAAUGGAAAUUUAAAAUUUAAUUCAACAACUGAUAAGAAUAUUGCUGUGCCAAGGAUGGGGAUUAGUGCUGGGGCUGGUGCCGUUAAUUAA